UCCCAUCUCUAUCCCUCUGUCUGGCCAACCUGUAGAGAUCCUUUUCGCCUUCUUUCGUGUCCAACCUGGUGUACAUGUUUUCAUAUGCCUCUUGUUUAGCCUUUGCUACCUCUACCUUUGCCCUACGUCGCAUCUCGAUGUACUCCUUUCGCCUCUCCUCAGUCCUCUCAGUAUCCCACUUGAUCUUCGCUAAUCUCUUUCCUUGUAAGACUCCCUGUAUUUUAAGGUUCCACCACCAAGUCUCCUUCUCCCCUUUCCUACCAAAAGACACACCAAGUACUCUCCUGCCUCUCUCUGAUUACCUUGGCUGUCGUCGUCCAGUCUUCCGGGAGCUUCGGUUGUCCAUCGAGAGCCUGUUUUACCUCUUUCCGGAAGGCCGCACAACAUUCUUCCUUUCUCAGCUUGCACCACAUCGUUCUCUGCUCUACCUUUUUGUCUUCUUAAUCUUCCUACCCACCGCCAGAGUCAUCCUACACACUACCAUCCUAUGGUGUCGAGCGACACUCUCCCCUACCACUACUUUAGAGUCAGUAACCUUAUUCAGAUUUACAUUGUCUGCACAAAAUAUAAUCCACCUGCGUGCUUCUACCUCCGCUCUUGUAGGUCACCAUAUGUUCUUCCCUCUUCUGGAAAUAAGUGUUCAUUUUGCGAUCCUUCCAAACCCCCCAAAACUUCACUUCUGACCCGAAGCAGUCACGCUCGUCACCCUCCAGAACUCGCUCUCUCUCUCCGACUUUGUGCGCGCGGCGUUUUCGCUACGUCACGGAACCGCGUCAAAGUCGGACUUUGACCCUGCAAGAUAAGGAAGGUCGUGCGCUGCCGUUCCGGGCGGGGGACUCACGCCGAUAAACUUGCCGAUUUGAAACACCGCAAAACGCAGCUGAGGAAAAUGGCCAAGCGCGCCGCAGCGCUCCUCGCCGCUUGGGCCCUCCUGUGGUUGCGGGCGAGUCCCUGCCGCAGCAGCAGGAUCCUGGCGGUGCCGGUGGACGGAAGCCACUGGCUCAACAUGGCGGUGAUCCUGAAAGCGCUGCACUCCCGAGGCCACCGGGUCACGGUGCUGCACUCCCCCAACAGCUGGUACAUCCCCACCAACGCCUCCUUCUACACGUCCAUCACCGCGACCAUGUUGGAGGACGCCACCGAACGGGACUUUUACAACAGACUCCUCAGGGACGUCGCGGAGUGCCGCCGGUCCGCCGGUCCGUUUCGGACCUUCUCCCAGCGGCGCCUGGUCACAAAGCUCCUGGCAACGGGCCACAAAGUUCUGGCCGAAGCGGCCGGCGCGAUGCUCGACGACCCCGUUUUCAUGAAGAGGCUGCGGGAGGCCCAGUUCGACCUGGUGCUGACCGACCCGGGCCUGACGGUCGGGGUGCUUCUGGGGAGUUACCUCAAGUUGCCGACGGUGUUCAACGUGCGCUGGAUGAAUAACGGAGACGCUCACUUUGCCGCGGCCCCCUCCCCGCUCUCCUACGUCCCGGUGCCCGGCAGCGAACUCCACGACGGGAUGGACUUUCAGGGAAGGCUCAAGAACCUGUUGCAUUACUUGUACAGUCUGGUGGAAUACCACUUUUACAUCAACUCCGCCUACUCGGAUGUGUUCCGCCGCCACUUCCCUCCCCAAACCGACUUGCUCACCUUGGAGCGGGCGGCCGACAUCUGGUUAGUGAGGUCGGAUUUUGUCUUUGAGCUGCCGCGCCCGACCGUGCCCAACGUGGUCUACGUCGGCGGGUUCCAGUGCGAGGAGGCCCGAGCCUUGCCUGCUGAUCUGGAGGCCUUUGUGCAGAGUUCCGGGGAGCACGGCGUGGUGCUGAUGUCUUUGGGAACGUUGGUGUCGGCGCUGCCCCGAGACGUCACCGAGGCCGUCGCGGCGGCCUUCGCUCGGCUCCCCCAGAAGGUGAUCUGGAGGAUGAAGGGACCGAGACCUUCUUCCUUGGGCAACAACACGCUACUGGUGGACUGGCUGCCCCAGAGAGAUCUCUUGGGACACCCCAAGACCCGGGCGUUUGUUGCGCACGGGGGCACCAACGGCGUGUACGAGGCCAUCUACCACGGGGUUCCGGUUCUGGGCCUGCCGCUGCUCUUCGACCAGUUCGACAACCUGGUGCGGCUGAAGGCGCGCGGGGCGGCCCGGGUGGCGGAGGUCGAUUCGCUCACCGUGGAAGGCUUCCUGGAGGCUCUCCGGGACAUUCUGGAGAACCCGACCUACCGCGACAACAUGGGCCGACUCUCUCGUCUCCAUCGGGAUCGGCCGACGCCCCCUUUGGAGACGGCGAUCUUCUGGAUCGAGUACGUCGCCAGGCGCGGCGGAGCGUCCCAUUUGCGUCCGGCCGCUCACGGCCUCCCGUGGUACUCCUACUUUUGCGUGGACGUGACUCUUUUGCUCAUUCUGGUCGCCGUGGCCUUCGUGUGGACUUCCGUCUUCGUCUGUCGGGCCGUUUGCCGUCAGUGCUUCGGGCGAAAGAUGAAACGGGACUGACGGGUGUGAUUUUUUUUUCCCAAUAUCCUCACUCGAUUUCACGUUGAACGAUGACUGAACUCAUGAUUACCGCAGGCGUGAAUCCAAACGCAGGAAACGGCAAACGGGUCGAGCCGGUCUGAGUGCUUCUGUUGCCUUUUUAUCGUUGAAAU